ACGCUGCGCGCGCGGCGUUUGGCAUCAGCGGCCCGGAGAGGCUUUUCCUCUUGGCUCUAGUUUUGUUGUUUUAAAUUCCCUACCGCGAAAAGCAAGCAAAAGGCGUGCGGAUAAGGGGAAACUAGAGGAGGAGAUUACUAUAACCCUCGAGUGAGGGGCGAAGAUGGAGAAAGGUGCCCAGGCUUCAGAGUGUGACAGUGAUGAAACAGUGAUUGAGGGGUCGGUGACAGAGAACGAACUGGAAGAUGAGGAGCUGCCCUGGAGAAGGUUGCUCUUGAAUCGAGACCCGUCUUUUAAAUCUGAGUUCUGUCUUCAUUCUGGUGAAAAUGGAAUGUGGAAAGGCAUGCCUUCUCCUGAGAUCCAGCUUGGGCUCAAAUUCCUUUCCAGAAAGGACUCAGAAGAGCAAAAGAAUAAAAAUAAGGUGAUGCCGACUCUUAGUGAGGACCUGGUGUUGCAGGAUCCUCAAGAUGAAGCAACACAAAAUCAAAUUCUGUUACAAGAAGAAUUCCCAGCAUUCUCUCUGCCGUCUCCUCACCCUGAAUUUUCCUGGAGCCACCAGAAGACUGGAGGUCCUGAAGCUGAAAAUGGUGAAUAUUUACCACAUCCAGGAAAGGAACUAAGUGAAAACACAGAUUCCCCUGAAAUUAGUCUUCUCUCUGGUACUUCACUUAUGGCAUCUGAUUUGGUUACACCAAAGGAGAAAUCAUUUGCAAAGCCAGUGAAGACCUUAGCUGUACCAAAUACAUUUUUUGAACCUGAACAGGAAGUAACACUGACCAUGACAUCUAAAGAAACCAAAGAUGAAGAAAGCUCUCUUGAAACAUUUGUGUCUGCUUUAGAAAGAUUACUAGAAUCGCCAGAAGGCACCCAAGAAGAAACACUGCUUGAAAUAGCGAAUGAUUUCAAUCCUCAAGAAUUGAAGAACCCAUUGAGCAACUCCUUGAGUUCUGUGUCAGUCCCUUUGAAUGACUUGUCAGCAUGUUGUAGAGAUGUACUAGAAAACACGAAGAAUGGUGAUGCAUUGCCUGCUGAAUUGCUGGCAACCAUCAACAUGCUACCAGGUGACAAUGUAGAACCUGGACCUGUAGGACCCAUCUGUCAAGGACAAGAGAAAAGCAGCAGUGUUAGUGGUGGAAACGGAUGUUUAGAAGUGCAACCUACCAUGUCUCAGAUAGAUGAAGACUGCACACAGAUAGUACAGACUAUAGAAGACCCAAAACCAUUUAAAUUGCAAACAAGGACUCAUGAAAAUACCACGUCUUAUGAGCAACUAAAUGAUAAGGGAAAUUCAGAUACCGUAAAAAAUACCUCUGUCCAGGAAACACCCCAUGUACUCAGAAGAUCAUCUAGACUGGAAAAACUGAAAGCAAGCAGAGAUGUGGCACAUACAGAUGUGUUGAAAAUGCCAGAAAGUAUUUCAUCAAAACCACUUAGUUGUGAGGAUCAAAUACAUAACAUAUUUGCAACUGAGAAUUUCAGAAUGCAGGGUUCUGUCUUAAAGACUGACAGUAAGAGGAAGAAUAUGCAUUUAUCCAGAUUCAAGAGUGAACAGAGAAAGAACAAUGAACAACUUAAAAUAAAAAAUGGGAAAGGGAAGAUGAAUAAAAUGUGUCCUUGUAGUAUAAACCGGAGAAACGUUUUUGGAGAGAAUUUGCUGUAUAAAGCUACUCUUCAUAAUGAUGUUGAUCUGGUUCGCAGUUGCAUAAAAAAUGGUGGAAAUGUCAAUCAGCCGAAUUAUGCUGGUUGGACAGCACUUCAUGAAGCUAGUGUAGGAGGAUACUAUCAGACAGUAAGUGCGCUAUUAGAGGGUGGAGCAGAAGUGAAUGUCAAGGGAAAGUACCAGAUUACUCCCCUGCACGAUGCUGUGAUGAAUGGACAUUACCAGGUGGCGGAGUUACUUCUUCUGAAUGGAGCUGACCCAUUACUUAAAAGUGACCGUGGAACAUGUGCUUUAGAUGAGGCCAAGGAUUCCUUUAUGGAGAAUCUCCUUAGGAAAUACAUUCCUAAACAUAAAAACCAUCACCUGUCAGCUCAAAGGAAGAGCACUGACCCAGCAUAUGUAGACGAUAUAUUCCAGUACAAGAAACCAAAAUUAAGUUCUAAUAAUCACACUGAGUUUAUUUGUAGUGAAAAUUCUAAUAGACAGGAACCAGAACAUGUAGAAAUCAAUAAAGAAAGAAACAAUUUACCUGUAAAUAAAGAAUAUGUAUAUGAACAUUGCCAGAAAAAUACCAUAGAAUUUGGAAAUUCCAAGCCUAGACAAUCAACUAUUAACCAAAUAGACUCUACAGGACUCAGAAGGAGCAGAGUCCACAGUGUGAAAGACAGCAGAACUAAUGUGUCUAAAAGUAAAAGAGGAAGAAAUACACAACAUGAAAAGACUCAAACAGAUGACAGAGACUGCAGUUUAAGUCAGGGAACAGCUAUUUCCUCUUCCAGGGGAAUGGAUAAAUUUCUCACUCAGCAGCAGCAUAUCGCUCUAACCCUUGAUGACCUUCCAAAAGAGUCUUGUGAACUUUCUACCCCAGCUCUACCAAGCUUGAAAAAUGAUGCAGAUAACAAUAAUGAGGCUUGUUUAAAUUCCAAAAAGCCAAAUACCAGCAAUCUGGAUUUAUCAGAUAGUCAAGAAAUGCAAUUCUUAGAGUCCAUUGAUCAAACUAAAGCUGUUUCCUUUUCUGAACUUUCAUUAUAUAAAGAAAUAAAAUUACCACAUGUAACUGCAGAUCAACAACCUCACACAAACCGAGAGCAAUGCAGCAGCCCAUGUAAGCCCCCUGAAAACCAUAGCUCAGAUGAAAAAGGCAAGAACCUUAAUGAAUGGGAAGAUUCUUUCCUCUCCUUUAUAAAAGGAGGCUUUGCUGACAGUGAUGGUGAUUGCCACAACUCUGUCAAGUCUGCGGCAUCUCAGGAAGAGUGCAUGGCCGUCUGUCAUAAUGAAGAAACCACAACAGAUGGAGAAAAAAUGAACUCACGAUUGUUUUUAUCUUCUGAAAACUAUUCUUUACAAGAAAAUGAGCUAAAAGCAGGUAGCCAAACUACAUAUCCACAGGAGAAAGCUGUUAAUUAUUGUGAUUUGAAUGAUACAUUAAUUUAUAAACAACCUAUUCCAAAUCAUAAACAGUGUACAUAUGGGAUUUCUUUUGAUUACUCAUAUGCAAUUUCUGAGCACAAUUAUACGUCUUGUACAAGAUCACCUUCAAAACAGCAAGUUUCACAGUUGACUGGUCAAGUGGAGCUAUUAAAAGUAUUCCAGGAUAAUUCCCACAGUGAGCCAACUCUGUUAGUUAAUCAAGUUAAUACAUAUAAUGUGGAAAAGAAGCAAGACACUAAGAGGAAUUAUACCAUAGAAGGCCAAAAACCAAGUUCUUCACAUAGUCCUUUACACACUCAUUCUCAAGUAAUAGAAGUAACUAAAGCUGAAGAAAGGAGUCAAGACCUUCCAGAGAAUGAGCUCGUGAGCAAUACAGAUUUUCAUUCCACUGACAAUAUGAAUAAAGAAUUGACCAACUCUAUACACCUUGAUCAAGGAGAAGAGAAGGAAAUUGCUCACAAAUCAGAUGAGGAGUUAACUACGAAUACCAGUAGAGCUGAAAGAACUGUAAGAAAUUGCAGGGAGGAAAAGGAAAAUGUGGGUUCAGCAACUCAAAUGCCUUGUGAUACCCAAGACCAUGGAAGAGACCAGAAUUUCAGAGAAAGAAAAGGUUCCUUGAAAGCUCCCUGCAGCCAAGUUGCAGAAGUGAACACAGCUGGAAUCAGGAAGAGGAAUGCCAAAGGAGAGAGCCUGCUGCAUGUGGCUUCCAGAGGAGGAGAUCUGUCCCUAGUGAAGGUUCUAAUAGCAUCUGGAGCAGACGUAAAUCUAAAAGAUAAUACAGGUUGGACACCCCUUCAUGAGGCAUCUAGUGCGGGAUUUAAUGAUGUAAUUAUUGAGCUAUUAAAAGCUGGUGCAAAUGUAAACUGUGAAAAUGUAGAUGGAAUGCCGCCUUUACAUGGCGCUGCUGUGGGCAAUCAUUUAAAGGCAGCUGAGACACUCCUAGAACAUGGAGCAAACCCUAAUCAGAAAGAUCAGAAACAGAGGACUGCUUUGGAAGAAGCAGAUGAUGAAAAAAUGAAAGACCUACUAAGAUCUUAUGGUGCUGUUGAAACCAGUAAUGGAGAUGAGGUCGGCUCUACAGUGCCUGUAAAACAUCCUGCUCUCCGACCAAAAAGAUGUAAGCCAUGUCCUUGUGAUGAUGGAAAAACCAUUGCUCCUCCUUCCCCCUUACGCAAAGCUAAGAGAAGUGAAAACCUCCCUGCGCAUCAGACCAUCAGUGCUAUUUUACAAGACAUAGAAGAAAAACAAGAAAACUUAUUAAAGCUUGAAAUAAGAGACUCUGAAGAUGCAGAACAAUACAUUGGAAAGAUGUUAGAGAUAAAAGAAAUUAUGGAUGAUAUACUUGCUCAACAGAAGACAGAAAGGGAUGAUCUAGCUAAAAAAUACAGGGUAUCCAUGGAGUCAUUUAAGCAUGGGGCCCUGAGAGAACAACUGUCUAACUUGGCCACAAGACAAAAGAAGCUUUUAGUUGUGGCAAAGAAACAGAAAAAGAUAAGACUGAAAAUUCAAAACUAUAAGAAUUCCAAGCCAUUGUCUGGUAUUAAGAAGCGUACAUGUAGCUCAGACAUCUCUAGUGAGAAGAAGAGCCAAGAAUCUCCUAGUAUGAAAAACUCAGCAUAUCCCCAGUCAGACUUACUUUCUCCUGUCAGUCUUUCUGCUAUUUCUCCUGUCAAUAGAAACAUGGAAGAAAUACCAUUGUCGAUGGAAAUGAAAAAAGAACUCUCUGGAAAUGAGAUGAAUUCUAAACAAAAUGUCCAAGAUUGUGCCUUGGAUGGACUAUUGAAAUCCAGACUCACAGAUGGCACUGAGAAAACUGGAUUAUCAUCCCAGCCUGUUGCUUUUGUUCCUCAAGCAGGAAAUUCACAAGCAGAAAGUAGUUUAACAGAAACUCUGGUCAAAGGCUAUGAACCUGAUGGUUCUCCUGCAGUGACUGGCACUCUAAGUAUUUCAGAAGAUAAAAGUGUGCUUUCCCAAAAUGAUGCCUGUCCACCAGCUGUUCCUCAGAAUUUGGACCUUUCCCGUUGUAAUCCAAAAAGAAGAAACAAGAAAACAGCUUCCAAUCAACCAUCUGUAGGAACAUCAGAACCUCUGGCUCAUCAAGCGGUUACUGUCUUAGACACUGAUACUGUGCAGCGUGUGAAUAGCGUUCCGAUCCCUCCUUCCUCUGGGUCUGUUCGUCAACAGCCUAUUAAAAAGCCACCUCACCACAGCACAGCUCCUAAAAAGAAAAAUAUGCAGCUGAAAGAUUUGCUAGUACGUGGAAGAAUUAAUACAGGAAAGGACAUUCUGGAAUUUAAAACACAGGAGACUACCCACAAAGCCAGUAUUUUACUGAGUGGUAAACUUAAGGUAGAAAACGGUCAGAUUUAUCAGAACCCAGUUACCUGGCUCAAGGAUCUUCUGGGAGGUGGCAAUUAUGUGACCUGGAAUUAUGCUUGGAGUAAGGUAACAUACCUUGGAAAGGAGCUUUUGAAGUAUGUUUCCGAAGAAGAGCCUGUUCCUCCAGAGCCAUGUAACACACCUCAGCAGCAGCAGCCUUGCCUCCCAGGCACUUCCGGAAAGUCAGUGCAAAGUUUCCCUCAUUAUCUACAGAUAAAAGAAAUACUUGCAAUCAGCGACCAAGAGCUUCUGCCAAGCCAUGUAAUGGAGCAGCACUGGAAGUUCUAUGUGGAAUGUAAGACGCUACCGUUCUGAAGCCGGGGUUUCUGAA